AUGUCACUCUGCGUACAGCUGUCGUCCUCGUCUUUAUGUAUGCAAUCGGGCGUGCGUCACCAAGCCAGGGUCACCCGGAUCCAGGUCACCCAGACCCAGGUCACCCAGCCAGGGUCAUCCGGAUCCAGGUCACCCAGACCCAGGUCACCCGGAUCCAGGGUCACUCAGACCAAGGUCACCCGGCCAGGGUCACUUGGAUCCAGGUCACCCGGAUCCAGGUCACCCGGACCCAGGUCACCCAGCCAGGGUCACCCGGAUCCAGGUCACCCAGACCCAGGUCACCCGGAUCCAGGUCACCCGGACCCGGUUCACCCGGAUCCAGGUCACCCGGACCCGGAUCACCCGGAUCCAGGUCACUCGGACCCAGGUCACCCGGAUCCAGGUCACCCAAACCCGGUUCACCCGGAUCCAGGUCACCCGGACCCAGGUCACCCGGAUCCAGGUCACCCGGACCCGGUUCACCCGGAUCCAGGUCACCCGGACCCGGAUCACCCGGAUCCAGGUCACUCGGACCCAGGUCACCCGGCCAGGGUCACUUGGAUCCAGGUCACCCGGAUCCAGGUCACCCGGACCCAGGUCACCCAGCCAGGGUCAUCCGGAUCCAGGUCACCCAGAUCCAGGUCACCCAGAUCCAGGUCACCCAGGCCCAGGUCACCCGGAUCCAGGUUACCCGGACCCGGGUCACCCGAAUCCAGGUCACCCGAAUCCAGGUCACCCGGAUCCAGGCCACCCGGAUACAGGUCACAAGGAUCCAGAUCACCCGAACCCAGGUCACCCGGAUACAGGACCCACGACCUAGGACCCAGGAUCCCCAGGUCACCUUCUCUGAAACUCAGAGAAGGUGGGAACUGA